GAGAAGUCUGAUGUUUCUGUUAACAUUUGGAUUCCGUUUUAAAUCUGAGGCUUAGCUAUAAAGGUAAAAGUUCCCCUCGCACAUACGUGCUAGUCAUUGCCGACUCUAGGGGGCUGUGCUCAUCUUUGUUUCAAAGCCGAAGAGCCAGCGCUGUCCAAAGACAUCUCUGUGGUCAUGUGGCUGGCAUGACUCAACGCCAAAGGCGCACGGAACACUGUUACCUUCCCACCAAAGAUGAUCCCUAUUUUUCUACUUGCAUUUUUACGUGCUUUCGGAACUGCUAAAUUGGCAGAAGCUGGGACAAGUAACGGAAGCUCACCCCGUUACACGGCAGCAUUAGGGAUUCGAACCGCCGAGCUGCCGAUCUUUUAAUCGACAAGCUCAAUGUCCUAGCCCCUGAGCCACCCACUAUAAAGAAGGCAUAAAAUAGAAAAUGUAUUUAUUAUAUGCAUAUUUUAUUUUUCAAUAGGUAGGAUAGAAUUUUUUGUCCUAGAAGCCAAAACAUGAUGGUAGCCACAAUAGUUGGGUACCCUGCCUUUUAGGAAGGCAGGAAUUCUGAUUCUGGCAGUAAAAUGUUGUGAGUAAUUCCUAUGUAUAUAAUAGCUAUAGCACUUAGAUUUAUAGACUUUACAGGCCUCUCUAAGCGGUUUACAGAGUCAGCAUAUUGCCUCCAACAAUCUAAGUCCUCAUUUUACUGACCUCGGAAGGAUGGAAGGCUGAAUCAGUCUUGAACCCGGUGAGACUUGAGCUGUCAAAUUGCAGCCAGCUGGGAGUCAGCAGAAGUAGCCUGCAGUACUGCAUUCUUACCACUGUGCUCCCACAGCUGAACAAGCUUGUGAAGAAGAAUGAAUCCUAUCAUGGAUUAAUAAUACACAUUCUAAUUAGUGUUACUUAAUUAGUCUUUAGAAUGUUCCAUGUGGCCCAUUUAAUUCUGAAGAGUACAAAGUUUUUUCAAAAUGUAUGUAUACAUAGGGAAUGUGUUAAUAUGUUCUAUGGUAACUAGUUAUCCCAAUAAUAAAUCAUAAUCCCCAAACCACUCUGGAUUCUAGGUGUUGAAGAUAUAUAUAUAUGUAGGUCUUUGGUUAUUCAGGUUUUCUCCCGCGUAAAAUUGGAAGUGUCUUGGUGACGUUUCGAUGAAGUCUCAUUCGUCAUCUUCAGGCUUCAGCUUUGUGCUUCUGGAAGCAAUGUGUGAUCGCAGCUGUUUCUUCCUUUUAACUGCUAGAGGGGGUUUGAACUGAUUGGGUGGGAGCUUGGCUGUGCUCUGAUUGGAUGGGGUUUUUUUUGUGCUCUGAUUGGAUGGGGGUGUGUCCUGUUUGGGUGGGGGCUUGGUUGUGCUCAGAUUAGUUUGAGUUGCAAGGGGAUUUGAGCUGGUGAGCUGCAUUGAUGUUGUUUGGCUUCGUGUUCGUGGUCCUGUACAUCUUCAUAGUGGGUGUCAGUCUGCUGCAUGUAUGGAUUGGAGGGGUUUGAAAUGGCUAAUGAUGCAGCUGCGGUCUGGCUUCUGGUCCUUGGUCGUGCUUCAUCAUCAGUAUGGGUUUGGGUCUGCUUUCUGGGUGGAAGUAUGGUGGUGACAUCCUGUGUGGACCUCGUGAGUGUGGGUCUGGUAUCAUUCCUCGUGUUAGGGACUCGUUUGUCAAUAAGGGUGGGUUUCCAAAUGGCUGGUAGGCGGGAGGUAUCAUCUCGUUUGUUCAUGCUGUGUGGGUGUUUUUCUAUCUCGAUGGCUUCUCUGAUUAUUCUGUUGUUAAAAUGUUCAGUUUUGGCGAUAGUUCUGCUCUUUUUAAAGUCGAUAUCAUAUCCUGUGGCUUUAAGGUGUUGGACCAGGGAAGAAGUUGGUUCCUCUUUUUUGACCGAGUUCUUGUGUUCUUCAAUGCGUGCACUUAUUCUUCUGUUGGUUUGUCCGAUGUAUGUGGUGGGGCAGGCGGUGCAUGGGAUUUAUAUACUCCUUGAUUUUCUAACUCAAUUUUGUCUUUGGGGUUUCUUAGGAUGGUGGAUAUUUCGUCGAAACGUCACCAAGACACUUCCAAUUUUACGUGGGAGAAAACCCGAAUAACCAAAGACCUACAUACAAACACCCGCAAAAAUCUCAGAAAAUAGAGAAUUGAUAAAAUACACAUACACACACACACAUGCAUACACACACAUAUAUAUGUAAAUUUAUCAGUUUCUUGAUAUAUAUAUAUAUAAACAAUGUGUAUUGCAUAUACAGCCUUAUUUAGAUUUUAUUCUUAUUUACAGUUUGGUAUAUACCCAGAGUGUUUGCUACACAUAAUUAUCCUAUGCAUUAUAAUUGGAAAUACACUGAAUAUUUUUGGCAAAUAAAAGUUACACUAUUUAUAUUCACUGUCAACAUCUUUUAUUGCUUUUAAAUGCUAGUCAUGCCUGCAGUCAAAUGUUGACACUCAACAACGGGAGACCAAUCUUGUUUCUAGAAAAGGGUGCUCUGCCACUGAACAAUGGCUCCUCCAGAAGGAAAACAUCUCUCAGUAUGUUCUGUGUUUAGCCAACUUAGAACCUAUGGACAGAGCUUUUUCAAAGCCAGCUAAGCUUAAAAAUGGUGUAAAGCCACUUGAAUAUGAGUCCGAAUUUAUCCCAAUUGUCCGUAAAAGCAUAAAUUUAUCCUGUGUAAAGGAGGAAGACGGGCUCUCAAAAGAGAUUAAUUUAAAUCAAUAUUUCAAUGACAACACAGGAUGUUCUGGAACUGAUUCAACCUGUUGCUUAUUUAAUUUUUUAUGUGUGCUUCUUUCUUUACAAAAAGUUUAAAAGAUAUGCUUUCUAUGUUUUUUUGUUUUAUACUUUUUUGCUAUAUGCCAGUGGUCUCCAACCUUUCAUGCACAGUUCAACUUGUGCAAGUUGAGCUAUGUGUGUGUCCACAUGCGCUGGCCUGCUGCUUGCGCAAAUAAAGCUGCACACUUGCACAACAGCCCAUGGCUCAUAUGGCCCAAAUCCAAAUAGGCUACAGCCUGGUAGUGGGCCGCAACUUUUGGGUUGGGUACCUCUGCUAUAUGCCACCUGAGUCAUUUCUUCUGAGAUGUGGGAGCAUAUAAAGUUGAUAAAUUGUACAAAUGGAUAAGUGUUUUGUGGAUCUUUUUGCUGUGAACCCAAUAUACUGCAUUAUUUAUUUGUUUUAUUUGUUUUUAUAUAUUUAUUAGAUUUUUUAUUCCACUUUAUAAAUUACUUUAUAAAUAACCCAAGGUGGUGAACAUACCUAAUAUACUGAGAAAGAGUGACUGCCCUGCUACCCAGCUGGCUUUCAUGCUUAAGAUUAUAUGCAAUUUUUGCAUUUGGAUAAAUGGAUAGAUUGGCUGCACCCAUUGGACUUUGUGAAUAACCCCCCCACCCCCGCAGUCAUGUGAGAGCCGCCAGCAAAUACUCUCAAUAUAGAAAGGUCUCCACAGCACCCAAAUGGAUGGCUACAUCUACUGUGCAAGAUGUUUCGGUGGAUAUUUCACACCUCGUGAAUUGAAAUCCACCCCUGUUCACAUAUAACUGAUAGAAUGUUAUUGGAAUUGAUCCCUUUCUCCUGCCUACAAAAUACUAAUCCUAUAACAGCAUGAGGCAAUGCUAAUUAAAUAAUGAGAUCGUUUGGUAUUUUCACAUGCUCUAAUAUGCUCUAUUCUCCCACAAGAAUUCUUGAAAUGCAUUCCAUUUCAGGUUCUCCAUUCUUAAGUGAUGAAAAGGCUGCAAUAGAAUAUGCUUAUCCUCAUGAAAUUCCCUCUUGCAGUCAGUUGGACUAACUAGAAUAAACGAGAAGACGCAUAGUAUUUCCUCGUUAAGACAAAGGAUCCUCGGCCGCGCAGCCUUGCUCAGCUCUCUCCCUCCCAGUGGGCCGAGUUGGCUUCGCGCGCUUUUUUGCUCCCGGCCGUCGCUGCCGAUCAGUUGAAGCUAGGGCGGCCAUCUUGCUCCCCCUGGCGUCUCCCCAGCUGUACUGCAAGACUCCUGGGCUGUCUUUUGUGUAGCGCGACCCACCCGUGCAGAGUGAACAAUGAACGCGGGACAGGCGCCGCCGCCUACCCAGUCGAUGGCUUGAUUAUGCGACCGAGUAGAAACCGGAGGCUCCUUCUGGACUCCCUUGCUCUCCCUCGCGGCACCAUGCGCGGAAGCCCUGAAAGCAGGACGGGCAUCCGUUGAAAGACACGGCGUGCAAGGGGCUCCCGGGGGCGAGUCAUGGGCGGCGCGCGAGCGCGGGUGCUCAGCUUGUGCCUCAGCCUCUGCUCUCUGGCGUUGCUCGUCACGGCCAUUUUCACCGACCACUGGUACGAGACUGACCCUCGGCGCCACCGGGAGAGCUGCGAGGACCGCGCCGGCAACGCCCACUCCCCUGACCAACGCCGCCGACUCCUGCCGCUGCCACACCUGCCCCUGCGGGAUGCCAAGCCACGGGUCCCUCGCGGAGGCAGUGCGGAGCCAGUUCCCCCCACCGGGAACCUGCUACUGCAGCUAGAGAACUGGAGAACGCUCCUGGGGCUCCGGUGGCUGCAAUCUCGGUGUGGCCGGCCGCUCUUCGCCACUUACGCUGGUCUCUGGAGGAAAUGCUACUUCUUGGGGGUCGACCAAGAUCUGGAUAACCUGCUGGACAGAGGUAUUGCUCAGAGAUGUACAGCAAUCAAGUAUCACUUUGCCACACCAAUACGACGCUUAUGGAACAUCCCUAUCAAUUUAACAAAGAUUAUCCAGCAAGAUGAAUGGCACUUGUUACAUCUAAGAAGAAUUACAGCAGGUUUUCUUGGGAUGGCAGCAGCUGUUCUUCUCUGCGGGUGCAUUGUAAUUGCAGUUGGUUUCUUUUGGGAGAAAAGCCUCACACAGCAUGUUGCUGGUCUUCUUUUCCUCAUGUCAGGCAUCUUUUGCACUAUUUCUCUCUGUACUUAUGCAACAAGUAUAUCCUUUGACCUAAACCGCCUUCCCAGAAUCAUCUAUGGUCUGCCUGAUGAUGUUGAACAUGGAUACAGCUGGUCUAUAUUCUGUGCAUGGUGCAGUUUAGGACUUAUAGUAGCAGCAGGAUGCCUUUGUACCACUUACCCGUUUAUUAGCAGGUCAAAGAUUAGCCAUCUAAAAUCUACCAGAGACUCUUCUGUAUGACUUAUUAUGGAGAUACUUUUUUUGUUUAUAAGGCAACAGGAAGAUACAUAAGGAAGCUUAAUUCAGAAUCCAAGCACAAACAAAACCCAAAUCCUUUAAAUAUUGAACAUUGACCUAGCAGCCAGGAAACACAAAGGACAUCUAUGUUUCCAUGGUGGCUGAUAUAUCAAGUUCAGACAGCAGAACUAUUGUGGAACUGAUGGUAAUUUAGCACAAUAUAUAUGCACAUGUCACAAAUGAAAUGGAACUAUUUCUACUUGAACAAGAAAACUGUGUUGAUGUUUCAAUUGCUAUUUGCUGUCCGGUGUCAUGAGGUUCAGCUUAAUGGCCAUAUAACUUGAAAAUAAAUAAAAUGGCUUUUAAAAAAUAACUUGGUAUACAAGGUUAAAACAACAAAAGCACUGCCAUAUUAUCCAGUUGGUAAGAAUGUUUCCUUAUUUUAAUUAUAUUUUAUAUUAUUUUUGUCUUGUUAGCUGAUACUUAGUCUUCUCUAUUAUUUUUUAGUAGUUACUAGAAUGAUGUAUGGAAGAGGUUUCAAAGAUUUAUUCUGUAAGAAUGAAUGAAUCAUUUGUUUUUAGAAGAAACAGAAAGGUGCUAGAGUAGAAUGACUUCCAGAAGGGACUAGGCCACUUUACGUAGGAAAAUUUAUGCCUAUAGUUCCCUGAAAGAUUUUCAUGUUUCAUAUACAAUACAAUGCCAUAUAUAAAAAAGAUGAAAUGUAUAAAAUGAAUUACAGCAUUUGCAUUAUUGGAAAUAAUGCCUACUAUGUGUUUCAGUUUUUUUGUCUAAAAAUAAUGGCAUAUUAUCUUCUGUUAAUAAAAUUCCUGAACAAAUAA